CACACGAUGAAGCUCUCGACUACUGCACUCGUCGCUGCUGCUCUCCCGCUCGUCCUCGCGGGCCUCGAAGACGCCAAGUACUCGACGGUCCUUACGCCUCAGAACUUUGACUCGUCCAUCGCGAGCAAGUCUGAAGGUUCCCUGGUCGCCUUUUUCGCAGAAUGGUGCGGUCAUUGCAAGUCGCUUGAGCCGGUGUGGACCAAGAUCGCGCAGCAGUUCGAGGGCGACGACCGGUGCCAGGUCGCCCACUUCAACGCCGACGACGCCGAGGCCCGCCCGAUCUCGGGCAAGUACGGCGUCAGCGGGUUCCCGACCAUCAAGUUCCUCGCUCCGCCGAGCAAGGGCGGCGCCGCCGAGGCGUACCAGGGCCCGCGCACCGAGGAGGCGUUCCUCGAGUUCCUCAACGCCAAGUGCGGCACCCACAAGCUGCCCGGUGGCGUCCUGAGCGACCUCGCCGGCCGCAUCCCGUCGCUCGACUCGCUCGCGAGCCAGUUCCUCGGGCCCUCGGCCACACGCCCGGACCUCGCCACGUCGGCGUCGGCCAUCGCGUCGUCGCUCGCGCCCGGCGCCGUCUCGUCGUCCCUGUCGGCGUACUACCUGCGCAUCUUCGACAAGUUCUCGACCGUCGCCGACUCGGAGGGCGUCACGGCCGCCCGCGCCUGGGUCGACAAGGAGCGCGAGCGCCUCGCCAAGCUCGCCAGCAAGAAGGGCCAGGUCACGGCCGCCAAGCUCGAGGAGCUCCACAUGAAGCGCAACGUCCUCGCCGCGUUCGCCGAGGCGCGCGACGUCGUCGCCGAGGCGGCCAGCACCGCGUCGAGCGUCGUCGGCGACGCGACGGCGAGCGCGUCGUCGCUCGCGAGUGGCGCCAGCAAGAGCGCCUCGUCGGCCGCGAGCGUCGCGAGCAAGAGCGCCGGGUCGGCCGCGAGUGUCGCGAGCAGCACGAUCGAGUCGGUCGUCGGCCAGGUCACGGCGAGUGCGUCGUCGCUCGCGAGCGGCGCGAGCAAGAGCGCGUCGUCGGUCGGCAAGAGCGCCGGGUCGGCGGCGUCCGAUGCGAGCAGCACGGUCGAGUCGGUCGUCGACAAGGCGACGUCGAGUGCAUCGUCGGCGUACGCCAAGGCGACGGGCGGUGCAGCGAGCGCUUACGAGCGCGUCAAGGAGGAGCUCUGAGCGAGGCUGGAACCUUCAGCGAGGGGCGGUCUCGUGCCGCCUCUUCUCGUGCAACUGCAAGUCGUUCCUCGUCGUCCUC